AAUGUUACCGUUGGCUAGGCCUCGAGAAACAAGACAGCGAACCAAUCCGAAAGAACUAGCCGUUGCGCUUUAUCAAACUUUCCACUUUCUUUUUUCCCCCAAACCCCGAUCUAUAUUUCCUCGGCGUCCCCAUCAUAAUCCGCUCACCUUCUGCUUCUUUCAUUUCGUUUCCUCCAUCAAAAUCCCGUAUUUUCUCUUCCCCUGCUUCGAGAAACAUCAUUUGUUUUUCUUUCGCACCAAACAGAAACUGGAAAAAUUUUCUCUCGCGUGAAAAUGGCUUCGAAAACCGCAUCUAGAGACAUAAUUACUCUCCGCGGCUCUGCAGCGAUCGUCAGCGAGUUCUUUGGAUAUGCUGCGAACAGCAUUCUGUAUAAUCGCGGAGUUUAUCCCGAAGAGAGUUUCGUGAAAGUGAAGAAAUAUGGGCUCCCGAUGUUGCUUACUCAAGAUGAGGGCGUCAAAUCCUUCAUUGCCAACCUAACUGCACAGCUUUCAGAAUGGCUUGAAUCUGGAAAGUUACAGAGAAUUGUUCUAGUAAUAAUGAGCAAGUCUACAAAUGAAGUCCUUGAGAGGUGGAAUUUCAGCAUCGAGACGAACAGUGAGGUCGUUGAGACGGGGGUGUCAAAGGAAAAGAGCGACAAAGAAAUUAUGAGGGAGAUUCAAGCAAUCAUGCGCCAGAUUGCUUCAAGCAUUACUUACUUGCCGUGCCUUGAUGAAACUUGUAAGAACAAGAACCAUUUCACUCACCAGUGGUACUACUUAUUUACGAAUUUCUCUUUUUUUUUUUUAAAUUAUUCUGAUUUUUUCUGUUUUGUUUUAGGUGUGUUUGAUGUGCUGGCAUAUACUGAUAAAGAUGUUGCAGUGCCAUUCACUUGGAUUGAGAGUGAUCCCAAAUUGAUUGCUAAUCCACAAAUGGUGAAACUGCAUUCUUUUGAUACCAAGAUUCACAAGGUGAACACUUUGGUAUCGUAUAAGAAUGAUGAAUGGGAUGAGCAGUAGAAGGAAAGGUUUACACCCCUUUUUAUCAUGUUGAUUGGGGGUUUGGUGGAUUGUGAAUCUUUUAUUCACAUUUUUAGAAAACAAUAUGUUGAUGAUGUCUCAAAGUCUUGAAAUGUAUUCAUUUUUGUGACUUUUCCGCACGGAAAUGAAGAGAAACAUCAAUCUACAUUCUUCUUCUAAAGGUUGGGAAAAAAAUAACUCUGGGAUCUCAAACAUUCUUCUGAUCUCAAAUCUUCUACCAAUUUUUAUUCUUUUUAGUACCAAAUGAUAGUAAUAUGAU